CUUCAAGGCAUGUUUCGUACAUCUUAUAGCAAACCAGUAGCAGUAAAUAGCAUAAGCAAAUGUGUUCUUCUUGUCGCAUGGCUCUAGUGGAAUUCCACGUUUCUCCUUCUUCUCUUGGUAAGCCGUAUUGUCAAAUCGACGUGGAUAUAUAUAUGAAUAUUUUAGUUGUUUUGACAAAGAUGAUUAUUGAAAGAGUAAUUAGGUCACUUCAGUAAGGGAAAAUGUUAAAGUUUUAGGAGUCAUAAAGUUUAUGUGCUACAAUAAGGUAAUUAUACUUCGUAUAAAUAGUAGAAGAAAAAAACUGGUAUAUCAAAACUUCAUUUAGUCAAAAUAGGCAUGUGCAUGAUGCAAGUGAUUUAGUAGGUCAUGUUCAUGCCCAUAUCUACUUUACUGUAUUUUUCCCUAAACCUCAAGUAAAAAAACUGGUAUAUCAAAACUUCAUUUAGUCAAAAUGUAAUUAACUUUUCUUUGACCUAACAAGUGAACUUAAAAGGUUAUUAUAUUCCCACCACAAAUUUAUAUUUUGUUAGAUAGCUAGCUCUUCUUCUAUAUAUAUAACCUACAACAUUGAAGUUGAUCCUAUCAACUCAAAAACACCACUCCAAAAAAAUACUAAGAAAUGGAAAAAAGCCAAAGAUGUAACAAAGACACAAACACCACCAUUGGCUUUUGCCUUCUUCCUUCUGAACUCAUACAAAACAUUCUAUUCCAUCUUUGUAUACCUGAGAUCAUCCGAAUGAAACUACUCAAUAAGUAUGUUUUGACCACAAUCUCUGACCGGAGUUUCAUCCGACAACUCAACGAUGGAUCACAGAGAGACACGUGGAUUUUCGUCUACACGAGGCGUUGGCGCCGUGACAACGGUGUGCUUCACGGUUUCUCGGACCGAUCCGUACGUUGGUUCAAGAUUCCGGUGGCUGAAAUACUCGCCGGGGAGAUUCGUCCCGGCGAAGAUUUGUAUUUACUAACUGCUAGUGGUAAUUUCCUUCUCUUUGCUUCUAAUACUCAUAGUGGAAUCAUAGCCGUUGAUUUGGUGGGCAAGAUCGUUACAAGAAUCAGCUCAUGUCCGUUAGGUCCACGUGGAACUUCGUCUUGGAGACGAUCCGGUAUGAAGCUUGUGCCUGAUCCAUCAAAUCCUAGUCAUUUCCGGUUUAUGUUCGCUGAGAUGGUCAAUAACCGACCGGUUCUGUUUACUUAUUAUUCUAACACAGCCACGUGGCAUACUAAAGAAACAGAGGAUACAACAAAUUGGGAGGUUAAGAAAAACAGUAAUGUAUUAUUCUUAAGCUUAUCAAAUCGACCUCACGAGAGUACUGUGAUGAGCGUUGACGAUGGUUCGAUAAUAAACCGGUUUCCGAGGAUUUUGCGGCCGAGGAUAAACCAAGACGCGAUCAGACAAUGCCCGUCGAGUGUUGGAUUCAGUAGGAACGAUCUAGAGAGUCAGUUGUUACAUAUACAUGGAGAUGAGUACAAAGUGGUUAUUAGAUUAGACAGAAUUGAUAAUUCAAAGAUGAAUAAAGUGAUGAAGAGUUUAGAGGUUUGGGAAAUAAGCUCAAAUGGUGAGAAAUGGGAGUUAGUGUCAAGAGCACCAAGUGAAGUGAUCAGCAAGAAGCCUUGUGGUGUGAUGAUGGGAUGCUUAGAGAGGAGAUUAGGGGUGAUUAGAGUGGCUCUAAUGACGAAUCAUGAAGGUCUAUGGAAUAUAAUUUGGUUGGAUUAUGACAAGCAUAAGGAUAAGUGGGAGUGGGUUCCACUACCUGAUUGUAGAUUCUUGCAAGGCUCAAAUAUGGCCGGGAUUAGUUUCUCCUCUGGCCUCACCUUCUCUUUGUAAAGUUUUUAAUAUUUAAAUGUCGGUAUCAAUCAUACGACCAUACAUUUCCUUUUUGUUAUAUGAUUGUAGGGAUUAAUAAAUGAAUUUCACGAGGGACAGUGUCAUGACUCAUGCUUGAUGAUUUAAGUCAACCACGGAUGCAAACUCUCCAAAAAAUUAUUGAAUCACGGGCUUAGAAGAAGACAAGUGGAAUAUAAUUGGAAAACAAAAAAAGUGUUUUUUUUAUGUAUUUUUUCAGGUGUAUGGAUCAACCUCAUAUAUACCUCAAAAUAAGAUCUUUUUAGCUAAAACUCAGAAUGUUCUGAUGGUUGAAGCAAUGUCAUUCUAAAGAAACAAACAAA